AUGGGGGUUCAAGAGAACGAGAAGGCAUUGCGCUACAUAGGCCAAUUGGACGAAGCGCGAUGCACCGCACGUUGGGCCGAUGUCCCUGAACUAGCAAGGAAGAUCGAGAAGCAUGCGCCACACCGCCGCUGCCUCGCCCUUACUGCAAGAUCAGAGGCUCGGAUAGGCACAUACAGCGCCCAAAGACCCUCCACUUCGGCGUCUACCUCCUCGGCCAACCUCUCCAAAAUAAUACCUCCAUUGCUCACAGCCAUCGAAGAAGAAGCGGAUUACCCCCAGGACGCCUUCCAGGCCACGAUUUGUCUAGGUUGGCUACACUUUGUUUUGGAUGAACCAGGGCUGGCAGUGGCGAGGCUUCCAAAAGACUUCUCUGCAGCUAUCUUGAAACUGUCCAGUGACAGUCAUGCGCUUGGAGGUUGGACACAAGUGUGUAUUGUAAAAGGCGCGUAUAUCAAAGGAUUCUCGCAGGAGAAAACCUCUGCCGUACAGGACGCCUUGAAAACCUACAGCUCGGUCUUUCCAUUUCUACUGUCCCUGACUUCCUUGAAUUCCACCUCUGCGCAGUUCCGGCUGUGGACCGAGCGAUUGUUAGGACGAGCUUGCUUGCUAGUGGACCAGUCGAGUCCCGAGAUACAUGACAUAGAUUCGGCACAAUCAUUGAAAACCUUUCGAAUAUGGCAACGGUUAUGGGACAGCUUAGCUGGUUCAGGGGCAAGUGGUUCGGAGGCAGGGAAAUCUCGCCGCCUCGUUUGGAAAGCGUAUUAUGAUACGCUAUCUACGCUUUUACAGCGGGGUCACUCCUAUGGGCCAACGCCCACUAAUCUAGAACCCCGCAAGCUACAACAGCGAUCGGAGUUAAAACGAGUAGAAGCUAUAUAUGAGGGACUAAUCCUGAAAGAGACACAAUUUCCGAAGGCCAGCGAGAAUAACUAUGAGAUUGAGCAGUGGGUUGACGCAGUCAUAAGCAAUUGGCGAGUGCUUUGUGGACCUGGCUGGCAGGAUGAAGAACUAGGUGAAGGUGGCAAAGGCGCUGUUGGGCGAGGUGUCCUCGAUAUUCUCUAUCGCGCAGCUACAAAAACUUUCCACUCUACGCAAAUUCUGCGACACCUAUUCAAUGUACAUGCAUCUCUGGCUGAGUUCGAUCUCUCUUUCAAGGCAUACGACUCAUAUGUUGAGAUUGUCACGAGAGGCAAGGAUCGCGCCGAAAAGAGUGGAGAAGACGAAGCCAGUAUGGAUGAUGAUGACACAAUACUACGCACUUCUGCGGAAGCCAUUAGGAUGCUUUGUCGGUUUGGUUCGCGGGACGAGGCUGAGAAAGCCCUACAUAUUGGUCAGAAUAUCGACAGGUGGCUGAAACAACACACACCUUCGAUUUCCUUCCUCAGUCCUACUCCAACCGAUAAAGAUGUGGCCAGAGAUUCCGAGGAACCUACCAAAUACCAACUCCAUCCCAGGACACUAGCGGUUGCGUACCGUGCUAUUGGCAUAUCUCAAGCACAUUGGGCCCUCUGGACAUACGAAGCUGGUUCCAGAACCAGCCUCCAGAAGCAAGCUAUUCACUAUCUUCGAAAGUCACUGGAACCCAAGUUUCAAGAUCCGCACAAUCUCGAAACUCUCUACGCACUCGGUCUAGCCCUUGCUGAGACGCGGGAUAUUACUGGAGCGCUCAAGAUUGUCAAACGAGCCCUGUCUCGUGCCACAAAGCUCGACUCAUCCAUCAGUAUAGAUGGCGUGAUUUCAGAUGGACCACCAAAUGCAACCGCUCCGUUCCUACGAGAGCGGAAACUCAUUCCUUUGUGGCAUCUCCUCUCCCUACUUCUCGCUGCUCGUUCAGACUUCAGCACCGCAGCCAAGACCUGCGAAGCUGCAUUCGAACAGUUCGAGAAUCCAACAAUUCUAUUUGGUAAAGGAGAUGAUUCGAAAGAAUAUCGGAGUGACCAUUUGAAUGCAAAGGAAAAGCACACCAGAACGCCCCAAGCGAUUGUGGACCAGAUGGAAACGUAUGAAAAGGUUGGCAUUAUCGAGAUAAAAAUGACGCAAUUGGCAUUACUCGAAGUCCUCGAAAACUCCCACACAGCUGUUGAUGAGAGCGAUGAGCUGCUUGGGUUGUAUGCUCGACUGUUCGGUGACCCUUCAGAGGACCAGACGAAACGACACCUUCACACCGCAACUCCCGCUCCCCCGAUGACUUCAUCUGCUACUAUCAAAGGCAGCAUAUUCCGGUCGAGAUCGACGCGGAAGAACGCAGAAGCAGGGGCCGCCAUCGCAAGAGAAACGUCUGAAAACGGCUCAAGGCCAUCAACUGUGGCUACGCAGAGGACUGUGGCUACGCAGGCAACCGCAGCACCGACCAUUCAAGUCACGGACGAAAAUGGCUCAGAGAAGGCCAACGGUCAUCGUCACAAACUCCAUCUUAAGCAUGACCACAAGCAUGACCACGACCAAGCGGCGCCGAAGAGGAGUGGAAGCGUCAAGCUGCAGAAGCGGAGCGCUGGGAGUCUGCGAAGGCAGUCACAAGGCGAAGAGGACAGGACAAAUGAACAGUACGAGCUUGACGGCGCUCCAAAUGGGAAGCCUCAUCGCAACAACUCUCUGCGAGAGAAGACAACUCAUCGUCCAUCGAUGUCUAGCUCAAUCAGGAAAUCGGCUGAGAUCCCAGAUCGACCCCUACAUCCAGUGGCACACAAUGCACCAAAUACCGUGCAACCUCCACCAGUAGGGCAUGCUAAGCAACCGCCUCACCAGGACAAUAGGCUACCAGCACCAUUUCCUGACCCGAACUAUACACCUCCGGAUCCACGCUUUUCUAUAUUACAAGAACGCCGACAAAGGGUUUCGUUGUUGGUCAAGGUCUGGCUGUUCAUUUCUGGUCUCUAUACGAGGUCCGCAAUGUAUGAAGAUGCUAAAGGAGCUAUAAGAGAAGCAGCCAAGCUUGUCCAAAGCCUCGAGUAUGAAGUAGCUCAAGAGUCGUCAAGUUCGAAAGCCUUUGCAAACCAGGGCUGGGGUGGAGGUAAGAGUGUAGAGGAGUUGUGGGGAGAUACUUGGGCGAGUCAAGGUGAAAUGCUUCAAGCACAAGACUCUCCACACGAGGCAAGAGUUGAGUACGAGAAGGCGCUCUCGCAUUUCCCAGAUCACCCGACCGCAAUAGUAGGAUUAUCGAACAUCCUUUUGGACAUCUUUAGCCAAGUUACACCCGCCGAUCGAACUCCAAUUUCGAAUUUAGCUUCGCCAUUGACAUCUCCUUCUGUACCGGUAAUAUCCACAACGGAGGUCGAUACAAAGAAGACGCUUCUCGUAUCCACAGCGCCUUCCGCUGAGAAUCAAGUCUCUGCUCCCGAGCUUUACAGGCUCGCCGCUCGCGAUCGAGCUCAUGGCUUGCUCUCAACGCUCACCAAGCUUGGCUCUGGAUGGGACUAUUCCGAAGCUUGGCUUGCUCUUGCCCGGGCAUACGAAGAAUGUGGGCAGAUCGAAAAAGCAAAAGAGGUAUUGUGGUGGUGUGUUGAGCUUGAAGAUUCGCAUCCAGUGAGAGAGUGGAGUAGCGUUGGUGUGGGCAAGUUUGUUUUAUAA